AUGGGAAGAGCACAUUCCAACAGAAGGACAAGGACCCGGACCACAGACCCGGACCACAGGCCCGGACCACAGGCCCGGACCACAGACCCGGACCACAGGCCCGGACCACAGGCCCGACCACAGGCCCGGACCACAGGCCCGGACCACAGGCCCGGACCACAGACCCGGACCACAGACCCGGACCACAUGCCCGACCACAGACCCGGACCACAUGCCCGGACCACAGACCCGGACCACAGACCCGGACCACAUGCCCGACCACAGACCCGGACCACAUGCCCGACCACAGACCCGGACCACAGACCCGGACCACAGGCCCGGACCACAGACCCGGACCACAGGCCCGGACCACAGGCCCGACCACAGGCCCGGACCACAGGCCCGGACCACAGGCCCGGACCACAGACCCGGACCACAGACCCGGACCACAUGCCCGACCACAGACCCGGACCACAUGCCCGGACCACAGACCCGGACCACAGACCCGGACCACAUGCCCGACCACAGACCCGGACCACAUGCCCGACCACAGACCCGGACCACAUGCCCGACCACAGACCCGGACCACAGACCCGGACCACAGACCCGGACCACAGGCCCGGACCACAGACCCGGACCACAGGCCCGGACCACAGACCCGGACCACAUGCCCGACCACAGACCCGGACCACAGGCCCGGACCACAGGCCCGGACCACAGACCCGGACCACAGACCCGGACCACAGACCCGGACCACAGGCCCGGACCACAGGCCCGGACCACAGGCCCGGACCACAGACCCGGACCACAGGCCCGGACCACAGGCCCGGACCACAGGCCCGGACCACAGACCCGGACCACAGACCCGGACCACAUGCCCGACCACAGACCCGGACCACAGACCCGGACCACAGACCCGGACCACAGGCCCGGACCACAGACCCGGACCACAGGCCCGACCACAGGCCCGACCACAGGCCCGGACCACAGAACCGGACCACAGACCCGGACCACAGACCCGGACCACAGGCCCGGACCACAGGCAAACAGAUCCUUAUUUGA